AUGAAGAAACAGUCCAACACGCCGCCUAUUCGAACAGUGCAAGACGCCUACAGUUCAAAGAUCGAACUCGCUUACAAUGGAUCAAGGGAGGACUUAGACCCUUAUGUGCCAUCAGAACACAGACCCACGGAAUCAACAACAUCGAGCUUCGGUGCAUUAGCGCAUCUCCUCAAGGCGUCGCUCGGCUCGGGGGUAUUAGCGAUGCCCCUAGCUUUUAAGAACGCUGGCCUACUCGUUGGAGCUAUUGGAACUAUAGUAAUAGGAUUUAUCUGUGGACACGUAGUACAUAUACUAGUUAAAACAUCACAGCAACUGUGCGUGGAAGUCAAAAAACCAUCGUUGGGAUACGCCGAUACCUGUGAUCUCGUUUUUCAAAACGGUCCAAAACCUAUUAGGAAAUUUGCUCCUUUUGCAAGAGAGCUUGCAGACUGGGCCUUGGCAGUAACUCACUUAGGAGCAUGCUGCGUAUAUACAGUCGUUAUAGCAGAAUCCUUUAAACAAGUAUCAGACGUCUAUGGAGGUCCUAAUUGGUCAGUAACAGUCUAUUGUGGAUUGACCCUUGUAGUCUUAAUACCUUUAACACAAAUAACGAAACUAAAGUACUUAGUUCCGUUCUCCGCACUGGCAAACUUCGUUUGGCUGUGA